AUGUCUGAAUGCGGCGCCUCACGGAAAAGAGCUCGGGUGGAGUCUCUGGAGGAGCCGGUGCGGGACGAAGAGUUCUGGUUUGAAGAUGGGACUGUCACUCUGGUCGCUGGCGACAUACAAUUUCUGGUCUACAAAGGCAUACUCGCGAACAGCUCGCCGGUAUUCAAUGAUAUGUUCUCCCUGCCGCAGCCUCUUGAUCACGACGAUUCGCAUGGGCCAACUCCUUCGGCUAUACCUGUUGUGCAUCUGUCUGAUUCCCCUGCGGACCUGCGUUGUCUCCUCCGGUUGCAGAUGCCAGGAACGGACGCGAGGUUCUCUUUUCCAAACCCUUCGUUUCAGACCAUAUCCGCAUGCAUACGUCUCGGGCACAAGUAUCAGAUGGAACAUCUGGUCCUGCAGUCCCUGGAAUACCUCUCGGCCUACUACCCGGAGGAUCUCAAAACGUUCAUACUCUCGGACACGCACAUCCCUCCGAACUUCUCUCCCGAGCACGCUGUAGGAGUGGUGAAUCUUGCUCGUCUGCUGGAUGAACCUUCGCUCCUUCCAACUGCCUUGCUUGCCUGUUGCCAACUGUCAGGCCCCACUCUCGUCGCGGGAUUCGAGCGGGAGGACGGGUCUCGCGAAACCCUCACGCCAGAGGACCUCGGACUCUGCAUCCAGGCGAAGGAGUCCCUCAUACGCGCCUCUGUAGGCCUUGCGCUGCGUGUAUGCGCGCCUGCCGCCUCCCACAAGUGCGACUCGGGGGAGACGUGUGGGCGGGCGAUACAGGCGUUCUACAACUCUAUCGAGACGCGGAAGGACCACCUGACGUCCGUCAACCCGUUUGUCGACUGGCUGAAACCCUGGGCCGACGGUGUUAAGCGUCGGACGGAGGCCCCCUGUAGCCGGUGCAUCAUCGCAUUUGCGGCAAGAAAUGAGAUGGAACGACAUGUGCUUUGGGCGCGACUGCCUUCGAUUCUAGGUGUAGAAGUUGCCGGAUGGGCUGAGGUUUGGCAGGUGCUCGCGGCGCAGGUAGCGGGCCCAUAA